GCCGCUUCCAAAGCGGAAAGCGGAGUAUAAGUGCUCAGUACCUUGUAUGCUUUGCUUUGUUUGGGAGAAAAUGCUUGCAAUGCAUUAACAUACACCGCUCUAGACUUUUCUCUUUUCGACAAGUCAGUACACCGCCAUUUGUAUGGGGCGAAUUUUGUUCUCUCGAAUUUCUCGAACAUCUUCCUCAGAUCGAAAAUACCGAAAAUGUUGUUCCACGCUUUUGGUAGUUCAAGCUCAAUGUAGAACAUUGAGGCUCUUCGAUCGCGAGCGAGCUACUGCAAUUAUUAGUGUAUGGUAUGCUUUGACGUUUGCUUCCCAGUGUAGAGACGUGAAUGAUGUGUCCAAGCCCUCUCCCCAAAACUUCAUCUCUUUGAUGCUAUUCAUAGCCCACAAGCUCCAUCACCGCUCGCCCUCUGGGAAACGCGAUGGUACCCAAGACCUAUCCUCGAGCAAGGAAAACGAAUUCCGUAGCGGGUUUUUUGCCUUUCCAUUUUCCAAAGGCCUUCUGAAACUCCGCUAUAAUGCCCACUAUAAUCACCGAUCACGAUUCACGAUAGAAGGCUGGAACCCACUAGGGUCGUGUGCUAAUCGAGUCAUCGAACAGAAGUGAAGACCAUCCCAAACAAAAAGUCCAAUCUAACAAAAGACCCGCAACACCUCCCGGUUUGCCCGUUUUAGCAUUCCCGACGAUCGUGAUCGUGGCCUUUGGGUCGGACCUGAAGAAAAAGACAGCCCCGUACGGCGUUUUAAACUUCGGUCAAAUUCAAUUAUGUUUGUACGGUGAAGGUGAAGAGAUUUUCCCAGGGUUCAAUGUAAUCGAACCAACAAAGGAAAUCGAAACCGAAACGACGGCGCUGCAGUGUUCCAGAGUCCGGACA